AUGACUGCGAGUGCGGGUGGCGUGCAAGAGCCGCAGGUGGUGCCUGCUGUUUCUUCUAAAGUUGCAUCAAACCAUGAAACGGCGUCUAGCAAUACGAAGAUGCAGUACUUAGCGCUACUCCGCCACAACCUCGCGCUCCUUCAGCGCAGUGUCCUUCAUGUGGAGCAGCGCUAUGCGGCACGAGUGCUGCGCUCACUGCCCUAUGUGCGGCGGCAGUUGCAAGAGAAGGCCGAUGUGUUGGCCCUCGUCAUUGAAGAGAAUUUGAAAGAAGCAGGUACGUCAUUCCGAUGGCUCACAGUGUCAGAUUCGGUGCGUCGCACGCUCCUUGCACAGCUUCCCAGCCCGUACCAGCCCGAGGAACCCGGUCAGAACACCGAGGGUGCCGUGGCUAUGGAGGAGGACAAGCCUUCCAACGAGGAGGCCCCGAGCGACGAGACGGUAGCGCCGCCCAAAACGGGCGGUGCGCGGGCCGAGGCGUUGCCCGAGUGCGUGGCCUACCUGCGGCUGCUUGUCGUGGUGUACCUGCUGGACCAGCCCGAGAAGCGUGCACAGUCGAUGGAGCUGUGUGCGGAGGCCCUCGACGAUGUGGUGAAGCAGAAUCGCCGUUCGCUGGACCUGCUGGGCGCCAAGCUGAUCUUCUUCCUCGCGCGCUGCUAUGAACUGGGUCCGCAGAGUCUGUCGGCCCUGCGCGACAAGUUGCUCGCCCUGCAGCGCACGUCAUCCCUGCGACACGAUGCUGAGACAAAUGCGACUGUGCAAAAUGUGCUCCUGCGCAUGUAUAUCGUCGAGGGCAACCUGUAUGACCAGGCCGACAAGCUCGUGGCACGCGCGACGUUCCCGCGGGGCAAGGCCUCGAACCCGCAGGUGGCGCGCUACGACUACUACGUCGGCCGGAUCCGUGCUGUGCAGCUGAACUACUCGGACGCUCAUACAUGUCUGCAGCAAGCGAUCCGCCGCGCACCACAGCAGGGGCUCCUGGCGCAGCGCACGCCCGGCUUGGAGAACGCGCAGGUGACCAAGCCGCUGGCCUCUGGCUUCCUGCAGACGGCGCACAAACUGCUGAUCAUUGUCGAGCUGCUGAUGGGCGACCUGCCAGAGCGCUCUCUCUUCCGUAUCCCAAUGCUGCGCCACGCGCUCGCGUCGUACCUGCCAAUUGUGCAGGCGGUGCGUGUGGGUGACCUGUCUCUCUUCCAAGCGACGCUGCAGCAGCACGAGGCCCUGUUCCUGCGAGACAAGACGUACUCGCUGAUUCUGCGUCUGCGUCACAAUGUGAUCAAGACGGGUAUUCGCCGCAUCUCGCUCGCAUAUUCGCGCAUUUCUUUGGCUGACAUCACGCGCAAGUUGCACCUGGACUCGGAGGAAGACGCCGAGUACGUGAUUGCCAAGGCCAUCCGCGACGGCGUCAUUGAUGCGCGCGUCGAGCAUGACAGUGCCACUAUGGUCUCAAAUGAGGCUGUGGACAUCUACGCCACGAACGAGCCGCAGGCGCAGCUGCAGCAGCGCAUCGACUUUUGCCUGCAGCUGCACAACGACAGCGUCAAGGUACGCAGCAUUGACUCACACCAGGCCAUGCGCUACUCACUCGACAGCCACCGAGCCGAGCUCGCGUCUGCCACAGCAGCCCACGAGCGUGAGCGCGAACUCGCCAACGAGAUCGCCGACGGCGACAUGGACGACUGCGCCACACGCUCACGUGCCUCUACUUCUCGACGAGACGCUCCCUCCACCCCUGGCGCGAUGGCUCCGUCGGCUGCGCCUGUGACGCCUACGAGUGCGUCGCCGUCGCCGCCUGGCGCAGCUGGUGGCAUGGAGAGGCAUGGACCCGUCGGAUCAGAGCCGAUUCGCGUCGAAGAGAUCGUACGGCGGGACCUCGAGACGCGGACGCUCGCAGUCGUCGAUGCUCUGUACGACCUUGCUGCGCGCGCCGCCGAUGGGCAGCCCAGCUCCGUUUUAGGCGUUGGAGAGAGCGUGAAUCACGUCGUUCGCCGCCUAGCCGACAUCGAUGCUAUGCGUGGCCACAUCCACGCGCGUAUUCCCAAGGACGUGCUGGACCUCGUCGACGCGGGACGCAACCCCGACAGCCAUACGCGCUCGCUCAUGAACCGAUUGGCGAGCGAGAACCAAUACUCGCUCGGGCAGCACGAGGCAAUCCAGGCACUCGCCGAGCAAUUCCCCGCGCUGCAACCGAGCUUGACCGGGCCGGAGGCGCGCCACUCGCCGCCCUAG